AUGGUUGAAGAAAAGAACGUCAAUACCAUUUCCACCGUUGAUUCUGAUAACAACAAAACACUUCAUGUUUUAAAACUAAUAUCUGUCGGUUUUAAAGAAGCAUCAUUGGAUUCUCCUUCUUUUCGAGCAAAUGUAAAUUUUUUCCAUUCACAAAUUGAAUAUAUCGAAACUUGGUUGGAUAACACCUCCAAAUUUAGUAAAGGAAAGUACAGAGAUGGAUUUAAUGAUUUUAAACAGGUUUACUUAACUUUACAAUCACAAAUCUUACCUCCCACAAGAUUUGUUGAAUCUGGAAUGUUAGAUGGUACUGAAACCACUCCUGAAUUGAUCAAUGAUUUCGAAAGAUCCUUAAGAGAUGUAACGUCUCAGAUAUUCCAGGUUUUAGAAGGAAACCCUGAAUCCUAUUUGAAUGAAUUGCUAAUGUUAUUGACUGAAGUCAUCAAACCUUACAGAGAAAAACGGAAAAACUUUGACUAUUACCAAACCAAAUACGAUUCAUUUUUAAAUAAGUACCAGGCAGCUAAAUAUCAAGGUGUAGAUCCCUCUACAAUUAGAGAGGAUGCCUUUCAAUUGUUCGAGGCUCGCAAACUUUAUUUAAAGGCGUCUUUGGAUUUGAUUUUAGAAAUUUCAAUGACGUUUAAUAGAUUUGGUGAACAUAAUAUCCAAUUCAUUAAAGCUUUAAAACCCAAAAUUGUAUUGAACGCUAAAAAUGCACAGUCCCAUGUUGAUAUAGACAUUACUGCGUACAAAAACUUUGAGGCAUCUGAGAAAUGGUUUCUUGAUUCGAUAGAGGCUAACAAAUCAUUAGAAGGUGAUAUCGUAAAAGCUAAAGAACAGAUUGAAGAGUUUUGUAUUGAACAGAUUACACCAAGCAGAGACAUUGAAGAUUAUAAUAUCAAAACCAUCAAAUCAAGGUUAAAAGAUUGUGCUUCAACACACGCACAGAAAGAGGCACCUAAAGCGCCUAGUGCUUCUGCGCAACUAAGCCCAGACCAUCCCCUUAAUAAAAAUAACGGUACUGUUGGUGACAAAAGUGGUUGGUUAUUUUUGAAGACUUCAGUUGGAAUGCCAGCAAGAACAAUUUGGGUUAGGAGAUGGUGUUUCAUUAGAAAGUCUGUAUUUGGUAUGCUGACCUUAUCGACUAGUAAAACACAUGUGGAGGAAACAGAUAAAUUUGGGGUUUUGUUAACCAGUGUGAAAUAUAAUAGUGCAAAUGAGGAUAGCAGAAAAUUUUGUUUUGAUGUUGCUAUCAGUGGAUCUCCUGCUAUCACUUUGGCUUUCCAAGCGGAAACAUUUAAAGAAUUGGAGAGUUGGAUUAGAUCUUUUGCUGAAAGCAGACAAAAAUUGGUUUCCAAGAACAUAUCCAAGGAGGAAUAUGAGAUGUCUUUUAUGAGGUUCCCACCUAUUUUUAGAGAAUUUGCAUGUACUUCCACUACAUCUGUUGAUUUACAAGUCACGACCACUACCAAUUGCAAAAGUUUGGUUGAUUUAUUAGGUGCUGAGCUAAACGAAUAUGGCGAUGUAGUUUAUAAUAAAUAUGGGGCUUUCCAAAUGCCAACGUUGAAAACACCUAUUCUAACUAAAUUAACGAAAUUAAGCAUAUUAUCAACAUUUUUCAAUCCUUAUAAAGAUAUACCGGAUGCAAUCACCGCCAAUUUAUGGGGCAGUGUUAAUUGGAAUACUUUUUGUUUGAUGGACUAUGGUUCUAAAGAUCCAGCAAGGUAUGCAUCUACGAGUUACAAAACAGUGGGCAAGCCCAUUGAAUAUCCAGAGUAUUAUCCUCAAAAUUUAAUAAAUGACGACUUGCAAUUUAAAUGUUUAUUUUGCAUUAUCAAUGACAGAUUGUUGUUAAAGUUUCAAUGCGCUCUUUCGCCCAAUAACAAGCAAGAUUUUUCAGGAACCUGUUUUGUUACGUUGCACGACAUUUAUUUUUAUUUAAAUUCGACCGGGUUCAUCUGCUUGAUCAGAAGAGAUAUCAAAGAUAUUGUUUCUUGUGAAGUGUCUAAAGACCAGGAUACAAUAAAUAUAUAUAAGGACACUGGGUUAGUCAUGAAGACCAGAAUAAGAAAGAUAUCAGCAACAGACCAACGGAUCAAUAUACUUACAGAAAAAUUGCAAGCCUUGGUGAUUAAUGCUAGUAUUACCGAUAAACCACUGGAUGAAAGGCAAAUAAUACUAAAGUUGGGAUCGAUUGAUAAGAAAUACGAGGAUUUACAGCUGGAAAACUUGGAAAAGGAAAAAUAUUUAAAAAGAAGCACUGUUGCUGAAUAUAGCAAUAGUGAUAAUGUUUCACCCCAAACACUUGCAAUUUGUCAGAAUAAUGUAAUUGCUAAUCAGCCUUUGGUAGAAUUGUUAACGGCCAAGGAGGCGGAGUUGAAAAUUAGACAACAAGAAGUUGCUGCUAAAGCAACGUAUCAUUUUAGGCUGGAUUUCCCCAUUGAACCAAAGGCAUUGAUGCAUAUAUUGUUUGGAGAGAAUUCUUUAUGCUUUCCUAAAUGUUUUAGUUUUGCCUCUAUUGAUAACUAUGAAAAUAGGGUUUACCCAUGGAUCUAUUAUGGCGAUGGCACUGUGACACCUACUACUGCAACUGCACAUUCUUUGAAGAGAAAAUUGAAAUUUGCUUUGAGACAUAUUGGUAGAUCGGUUGUUUUGUCUGAUGGAAUGUUGGAAGCCAUUCAGACCAUCAACAAAAUGCAAGAUGACUAUUGCGAGGUGGAACAUUCUAACGGAGAUGUGUCUAUUCCAUUGAUAGGUGUUUUCAAAAUUGUCAUUACCUAUAUAAUUACGGAAGUACCACGAGAUGAGAGCAGGCGUAAAAAAAGUAGUUUGAACGUAUACUACACGUUGAAGUAUUGUGACAAAGCACCAGCUACAAGUACCACUGGUGGUGUGUCGUCCUUUAUGAGGAAUCUGUUUGUUAAAGUUUUGGAAAGAUUUGCCAUUGAAGAUAGACAUUUAUUAAAGCAUGAAAUUAAUCAUUAUUAUAGGAUUAUGGGCAACCAUGGUCAAUAUGUUAAAUCUGUUAAGUUGGGUGGUAGAAUAACUGGCCAAGAAAGUAGUGACAACACCGAACAACAAGAACAACAAUUGCCUAAUGAUGAUAAGCCUACUUUAAAAUUUACUUUUAGAGUUGUGUUACGAGUAUUAUUUAGAUGGUAUGCAUACAGUUUAGUGACAUGGUUAUUCAUUACGGUCCAAAAAAUUAUAAGAGGGAUUGGGAUACUUUGUACCAAUCUAACAUAUUUGAAGAAAUCAGUUGUUUUAUUGUUGCUUCUUUCCAUAGCAAUGAAUUUAUACUUGAGUAGCAGAGCCACGUUAUCGUACUGGAGUGUCAAAAAGGCGCAGAAUGUAGUUUCUACUUGUACUAAAAAUGUAUCUAUGAAAAGGGCGAUUUAUUUAGAAGACUUGGACUUGUUGACCGAUAGUUUGAUUUCCACUGGUGGUAAAAACAAUGGUACUGAGAUGGUUUACAAGAGAUUUAUUAACACUCCUGCUUAUGAUAGGAAAUAUAAAGAUAUGAGGUAUCAAAUAGCCAAAAGAAGAAAUGAUUUACUAGUUGAAUUGAAAAUAUUAUCUACGAUGGAAGGUGAAAUGGUUAAAGGGGAUUUUAAUAAUUUUGUGAUACAUGAGUACAGUCAAUGUAAAGCAGCAAAAGAGAAUUUUCCUAGAAAAAUAGCCGAUAAUGAAUCUUUAAAAGAGUAUUGUACUGAGAUUGAAAAUAUUUAUGAUAAGAAUGGUGAUUUAAAAUUAGGAUUAUUGUGA